UGCUGUCAAUAAUUGCCUUACGCGAAACCACUCUAUUUGUUUACGCAGAAAUGUACGUGAGUCAUUGCGGGAGCCGGAUUACAAGCGACCACAUCGUUUCGCGAGUUCUGUCAAUACAACAGCACCCUCUCAAACUAAACCAGGCUAAUAAGAUUCGGAGUGGGAGGGCAUACCGCGCAAGAUCCACCAAACGGAAACACACGCCAGCCCCUGGAGUAGAGAGAGAGAGGGAGACGGGAACAGAGAGCGCGAACGUACGCGCGAGAAAGGAGGGAAGUGUGCGGCGCACCGUGUCACGAAAACAUGGAGCGGGAGUCGACUCACCUUGCCAUUACUAGUUACAGGUAUCCGAGAGUCUCGUAGGCGAGGAAACGCUGCAGAGUGCGCGCGAGCUAGGAGGAAUUAUCGGAAUGUCUGGCGGACAUUAGUCAUGUGCCUUGGCACCGAGACGGUGCCACUUGAGCGUAGGUUUCAGUGGCGUUGUUUCGCGAGGAGGAACUUCGGGCGAGCAGGUAGGAUUGCUGCUUUUAGCGGUCAGAUUUGUUUCGCUUUCACUGUGUUUCUGGUUCAGUAACUAACAACCAUGGAUAGUCGGAAAGAGGACAGAGUGAAGAAGCAACCUAUCAAAUCCACAAAGCGCAAAGAAAAGAAACACAAAUCCGGGAAGCUUUUCAGAAGGAAAUCCCUGAAAUCGGUGGGGAAUUUCAUGAGCAGGGUUUUGAAAACUUUAGGCACUUUGGCUCACUUCGGUGACACAGAGCCACCAGAUGCAGAGGACGAUGACGGCGGGUUCCGAGACAGUGCACCUUGCACGUUAAGUGCCAACUCAGGAAAUCUCAAAGAGGAAAUCCAGGUUGUUGGUGAGAACACGGUGAAAAAGAGCUUGACGUUGUCUUCUCACGGAUCGAUAAAAGAACGGCUGUCUUGGUGCUACGGGGACAAAACUCCAGGGGUUCAGGGUUUGAAAAACCAUGGCAACACCUGUUUCAUGAAUGCCGUGGUACAGUGCCUGAGCAAUACGGACCUUCUCGCCGAGUACCUCGGUCUGGAACAAUACAAAUUGGAUUUCAGCCAGAGGAGAGUAAACGGGAUUGUAAAAAGUGAAGACCUGCAGCAGGUGAGAGGGGAAGUGACCGACCAGUUGGCAUCAUUGGUACGGGCGCUUUGGACUCUGGAAUACACGCCCCAACUCUCAGUGGAAUUCAAGAGCAUCGUGUCCAAGUACGGCUCGCAGUUCCGGGGGAACUCGCAGCAGGACGCCCUGGAGUUCCUGCUGUGGCUGCUGGACCGGAUGCACGAGGACGCCAGCGCCUCCUCCAGCGGCGGCGGCGGCGGCGGCGGCAACAGCCACGGCAAGAUCAAAGCUGCGGGAAAGGGUCCUGCCAGCGAAGAGGAGACCCCCGUCGUCAGCCCGGCCAAUCCUCAGCAGCCCGGGGGACGCCACAGCUUUGUCCAAGACCACUUCCAGGCACAGUACAGGUCCUCCCUGACCUGCCCUCAUUGCCUUAAACAGAGCAACACCUUCGAUCCUUUCCUGUGCAUCUCCCUCCCCAUCCCUCUGCGCCAGACCAGGGCCCUGUGCGUCACCCUGGUCUUCAGCACCAAGGGCCAGCGCUACCUGCGCGUGGGCCUGGCUGUGCCCCUCUUCGGCCCCCUGGCCUGCCUGCGCUCCAUGGUGGCAGAGGAGGGCAAGAUCUCUCCCGACCAGGUGAUCCUGACGGAGGUCUACACCACAGGGUUCCAGCGCUCCUUCUCCGACGAGGAGGACCUGACCAGCAUCGCGGAGAGCGAUGUCAUCUACGCCUUUCAGGCCCCCCCCCUCUACAGCAGGGGGGGCUCCACGAGAAUCUCAGGGUACCAUCACAGCCUCCCGUCCUCCCCGUACGCCUCCGGGCCGGAAGGUCAAAGGUCACCUCCCUCGGGCACCCUGUCUUCGGAGUUCCUCAAUCACAGCGGCUCGACGAAGAUCCUCCUGCUCAUCUGCAACGCGGUGGGGGUGGGGCAGCAGGCUGUCAGGUUUGGACCCCCCUUCCUCAUGCGUGAAGACAGGACCAUCUCCUGGGACCAGCUGCAGCAGAGCAUCCUCAGCAAGCUGUACUACCUAAUGGUCAACAGCACACAGACACAGAACCUGGGAACCCCGUUUAAGAUCCGCGUGGUGGGGGGAUCUGCGUCCUGCAGCUACCUGUCUCCCCAGGACGGCCGCCCCCCGCUCUACCACCCUGCGGUGGACAGAGCUCUGAAGUUCUGUGGCCCGGGGGGACCUCCUCACGUCAAAUUCAUCAUCGAGUGGGAACACAAAGUCAAAGAAUGCUUGUUUGGAAACAUCCAGGAGGAGGUGGUGAAGGAUGCAGAGAGCGUGAGAAUCCAGCAGCAGCAGCACCUGCAGCAGCACAGCUGCACUCUGGAUGAGUGCUUCCAGCUCUACACCAAAGAAGAGCAGCUGGCCCCGGACGACGCCUGGAAGUGUCCGCACUGUAAGCAGCUGCAGCAGGGCAUGGUGAAGAUGAGCCUGUGGACGCUGCCCGACAUCCUCAUCCUCCACCUCAAGCGCUUCCGGCAGGUGGGCGAGCGCCGCAACAAGCUGUCCACACUGGUGCGCUUCCCGCUGGCCGGCCUGGACAUGGCGCCGCACGUGGUGAAGAGGAGCCAGGGCGCGCGCGGCCUGGGCCCCUGGCCGACCGCGUGGAAGCACCCGCACUCCCCGGACUCCUGCUCGCCGCCCGACUUCCUGUACGACCUCUACGCGGUGUGCAACCACCACGGGGGCAUGCACGGGGGCCACUACACGGCGUACUGCAGGAACUCAGUGGACGGGCAGUGGUAUGGCUAUGAUGACAGCAGUGUGGACCUGGUGCCCGAGGAGGAGAUCUGCACGCGGGGGGCCUACAUCCUCUUCUACCAGAGACGCAACACCAUCCCACCGUGGUCCGCCGGCAGCUCAGUCAGAGGCUCCACGAGUUCGUCCGUGUCGGACCACUGGCUGGUCCGCCUGACGGGGGACAGCAAGAGGGGCAGCCUCGUGUCCCGGACCUCCACCGCCUGCCCCUCCUCUGUCCCCGACUCGCCCGAGUCCCCCGUCUUCCUGGACGACCCCCCCAAAGCAGAGAGAGGGGGGUUUGACACCCGGCCGUUUGUCCGGGGGCUCCAGGGCCGCAGCGUCAGCAUGAGGACCCCCACCAAGACCCGGGACGCCCUGAGCAAAGUGCUGCCCCUGCGCUGGUCCUUCGGCUCCAAGGACCGGCAUAAACCCGCCCCCGCCUCCUCCCCCGCGCCCACGCCCAGCCCCGCCCCCGGCCCCGCCCCCGCGCCCGGGGAGCUGGUGCAGUACCUGGAGUCGGGCCGCCGGCCGCGCUGCACCAAGGACUCCAUCGUCACGCUGAUGACGGGCCCGACGGAGAAGGACGCGCCCGAAGCGCGCCGCCCGCCCCCCAGCGCCUCCGCCGCCGCCGCCGUCAGCUCCCCCAGCGCCGGCAGCCUGAGCUGCCUGGGCCGGACGCCCGAGGGCCAGCGCCGGGGCAGCAAGCCCAGGGACGACGGCACCCUGCCCCGGAGGACCUCCAAAAAGAACAGGCCGGAGCCAGGGGGCGGCGCCGCCGACCCCCAGCCCCACAGGAGCUCCGCCCCGGCGCCUCCUCCCGGCUCCAGCUCCGACUCCACGCUGAGGAGGAGCAAGAGCCACUCGGCAGGCCCCGAGGAGGGCCGGGGGAGGAGAGGGGAGGAGCCCCGGGGCCAGGAGGGCCUGCUGUCCUUCCUCAAGCCGGGCUUCCUGAAGAAGGAGGCGCAGAGGAGGCCGCGGGACGGCGAGGCGGGGAGGCCCGGCGACUCGGCCAAGAGCGGCGCGUCCCGGCUGUCCCUGUCCAACGGGACGCCCGGCGGGGCGACGGGCGGGGCGGCCGAGGGCAAGGCCAACGGCGCCCCCCGGGGGAGCGGCGGCGGCGGCGGCAGGGGCGGCCCGGAGCUGGCCAACGGCAGGGUCGCCCGCGGCCCCGCGGACAUCAAGCGCUCGCAGAGCUCGUCCAGCAUCCCCAGCAGGCCGGACCUGGCGCUGCGCAGGACCGCCUCCCUGCACCGCAACGGCCCUGCGGCCCCGCCCCCCCCGCGCAGCGGCCUCGCCGCGGACAAGCCCUCCGGCCACGGCACGCUGCAGCGGGCACGCUACAGCACCACCUCGCUGGGCAGGAAGAGGGCCGUGCCCGAGUCCAGCUUCUGAGGAACAGAAGCGCGCACGGCCGGCCGCGCCCAAUCAAAGCAAUAGCCCCCGCCCACAGGGUGUGGCCUGCGUGUCUGCUUCCUCUGAGGCUUGUGUGGGUCUUCUUCUUCUGAGGUUUAGGCCAGCUGCGGAGUUAACUCCACAGGCACAGCGGCGACCGUGGGCAUCAUGGGAAGGAGAGGCAGCAUUGGGGGGUCUGACCCCCCCCCCAACCACCCUCGUUUACCCAGCAUUCACAGGUCGCAUACACUGGGUAAGGGGGAGUACUGUAAACUGUGAGAGUAUAUAUCCUGAGAUAAUCAGUUGUUUCUGUUUUUUUUUUAAAGAGUAUUUUUUAUUGAUUUUUUGUUAAGGUUUUUCUGUGACAAUUGACAGCAAGUGCCUCUACCAAUACAGUUCAGACAAGCAGACUUCUGUAUAAUUGUUCGACACUGUAACUGCACGUUCGGGUCACACGCAUUACCCACUAAUUCUGGUCACUUCGUGUCUCAGCAUUAACAUAAGACAUUAUUUUUGUCCAGCAGUUUUUUUUUUCUUUUCUUUAAUCACAAAAGUAUUAAUUAAAUAAGUAUCUGGGCAGAAGAAGAAAAAAAAAAGAUUUAGAAAAAGUGGAAAUUAUCGAUGAAUUAUUUAUAUUGUUUUGUAUCGCAACACAAGCAAAUCACUCUACAUUCUUUGUACAUAAAUGAAGAUUAAAAAUAUAUAUCAGAGUAAUAUUUUAUUUAACCGCUCCAUUAUAAAAGAAAACUAUGAACUAUCAAAUGAUUGUUUGUGUUUGCACUGCAAAAUGGCUGCUAGAUUCCCGUAGUUUUUCAUAUUGCAAAUCUGUUCUCUGCACUUUCUACAAAGCCAGCUGCAUCGAGCACAGCGGCCGGGAGGGAGAGGGUUAAAUCGUAGCUUGAUUCCCAAAAAGAACACCUUUGCUUAUGUUGCGAUUGAAUGGAGAAAAAAAAAAGGUGGAAGGACUGGGUUGGAAAGUACUCUCUGCUGACAAUCAGAUCAGGAAAGGAUCUUUCAUCUCUAAUGAGCCGCUGAAGCACGGGCAGUCCGAUGCGCUGUGUUCCUUUCAUUACAAAUGAAGGAGAUUGUAUCUGAAUAUUUCUAUACCGCGUUUUAUUGUGUCUAGUGUUAUCAGCACUGCAGCCGCUACUCGAUGCACAGAGAGAAAAUGUGAACGGCAAGGCCUGAGGCCGAGCGCUCGACAGACCUUAUUACCAUACGAUUCGUGUGCACCAUUCUUUCUGUUUGUUGUCCAGAGUGCAUUGUCUAAUAUGCUCUUUUAUGCUGACUGAGAGCUGGACACCGUCUGAAGCUUCAAGGUUUUCCCCCCCUCGUCCUCCUCCUCUGCUUAAUCAGAUGCGCCAUUGUCUCGCGUUCACAGGGAUGAGGAAAGGCUGCGUGUCGGACGGAAGGGAAAAAGCAGACCAGCUGUGAGCGAAAGGCAGCAGCUAGGGCGCACACGGUGAUCCAGUCUAAAUGUGAUCCAGGCAGCCCGCGCGUGUGCGCGAAAUUCACAGUCCAGCUCACGCACUUUAGGAGUCGAGAUUUUAUUUUGGGUGACUGUCAGAAAUCAGUGGGGGAAUUCCUGCGGAGGGCCGUGGACUUUGUCCUCUCCCUCCGAAUUUCCCUGUGACGAAGUUGUGAAGUUUCGCUGACGAGAGGUGACUGAGGCAUCUUGACUCGUGUUUCCCGCUGUGAAAGAUUAGCUAAACAGCGUCUGUUUUCCGCCAAGGGGAAUCUCGGGCCUUUUAUGUGCAAAUCUGCUUUCAUUCGCUCUCAUUUGGAGUUCCCAGCAUGGGUAUAUUAUGCAUACAGUCAUUAAAAUAGUUCCGUGUAUUAAUUGCGGUCAAACAAUUAUUCUGUGUUUUGGUAAUCAAGCUGCAUUGACCAUAGUAUUUUUUUAUCAAAUAAUAUUUUGAUCUGGUAGAACAAGCAAUAAAUCUUUGACAGUGAGUUACUGUAUUUCACCCUGUGAUUAUAGUUGUAUGAAAGCUGGAGUGCAGACAGUUUCAGUGGGGCAGUAAUAAUGUCUUCAAUGUCUUUGGGUUUAACCUGUGUUAACUAUGGCAACGACCUUCUUCUGAAUUCCAAAACCACAUUGUGCCAUGACCACAUUCGGUCGUUUGAUCAUUUGUCCAGAAGAUUCCAUCGCGCUUAAUUUGUGUGCAGUGAUUUACAGUCCGUCUCUAGCGCAGUCUUUAUGCCAAAGCGUGGUCAUUAUAACAGCGGAGUGCACUGCGUUGGUCUGCUGGUACACCUCAAACCGCACCGAUGGAUGGAGCCGGGUUCGAGAGGCCCAGCUUUUGCAGUAUGUGAUGCACGCGCCCAUCGGAACAUGAAAAGAGGUAACGCGCGUUAGGGUUCUUCGUCCGGAAACGGCCUCUUUGCUCUGACUUCUACAUGCCGCAUCCUGUAGUGUACAUCCUUCCCUGUCAGACAUUGCUCUCGCCUGCACCUGCUUUUGAAUUUGCAUUGUAUAGAUAUGAAAAAGGAAGCUGACUACUGACAACAGCACAAUUAACCAUGGGGAGGGGAGGGGAGGGGGGUAUUUAGAAACUCCCACUGCUAUCGGCCUACUUUACACAAUAAUAAAGAAAAUUUACGUUCAUAUUCUAAACUAUUCUAAACUGUUCACAAAUAAAAUGUUCACAAAGUUUUUUUUUUGUUUUUUUUUCUUUGAAGGCCAGUGGUGAUGCUUAUAUAUGUGCUUGCCAUUGAUUGGAUUUUUUCCCCUCUUGUCUACUUCAGACAUGGUUUUGGCUUGUGUCUGUCCAUAACAGCCCGGUUUGCCUUGAUCACACGGUCCUGAGUCUGUACGACCAACUGGUUCUGCUAGCACUCCAUGCUAGCCAGUGUCCUUGGUUAUAAACAAUGAUUUAGCAGUUUAUUGUCCCAUGAAAGCGAAUCCUUUGUGCUCCUACCCACCUUUUCUGAAGCAUCACUCUCGCCUUCUGUGAGUUCUUUCUCGUUCGGCACAGGGUUGUUCAAAUAAACUUUACUAACUUUGUUAUAGCUACAUAUUUUCGUAGCAAAUUAAAAUGAACUACUUGGUUGUUCCACAUAUUUACAUGGCUACUUUACUCAUAAUCUUGCACCAAUAAGGGGAUAGCUUAGUCUGUCUCUUAAAAUGAUUUUAAUAAUCCUAGUUCCACUCUGUUGUAUUUCUGUUGUAACACAAUUGGAAAAAUAUCAGAGGAUAUAUAGAAAGCUGAUCAAGACACAAAGUCUGUAUUGUUUUUUUAAUACAUUUACUUUGAUGUUUUUUUUUUCCCUGAUUCAUUUGACAUGUGUACAUGGGAAGUAUCAAUCACAAUGUUUACUAAAAAAAAAUGAGCACUUGUAAAAAAAAAAAAAAAGGACUAUAAAUGAAGGAUGUUUUUUCAGUUAUUUUGUGAAAUGUGGGUUUAAAAUGUUUUAUAUGCAAUUUUUUAAAGUUUGACAUUUUAUAACAGCUUUGUAAAUAUCAAAGAUAGAUGUGAAGUAACGUAGUAGACUAGCAGCUGCCCCAGGUCACAUGGGCAGGGUGUAGGGUAAAGCACAAAUUCAGAUCUUAAUCAAAGGUGUUCUCUCCAAAAGGGGUACGAAAUGGUAUACUAUGGGAACAACAAAAGUGGUUUGUAUCCACCCAAGAUAUCUGCUAUACAUAAUAUACUGUUUUAUUUUUAAUACUCCAAAAUAAAACACAAUGUUUAUCACUA